CACUAAUCAUUAUUUAUUACAAUUUACAUCAUUAUUCAUUAGACAUUAAUUAUUUAAUUAAUAUAUAAUGCUAUGACUACCUCUUAAAAACAUUUAAUUCUAUAGCAUUUCAAAUAAAUUACUAUUUCAAUGUUUAUAUUUGAUUUCGUUUCGUUCUAAUCUCUCAAUUACACUUCAGGUUUUACCAUUAUUAUUAUAAAGAUCACUCAAUUCAUUAACUGUAUGUGUUUUUCCAUAUAAUGUUAUGUGUAUUUAAGUGAAAUUUCCAAAUUUAAUAUUACCUUUCAACCACACUUAUAGCAGUAUUAUCUUAAGAAUGGGUCUUUGUAAAUGUCCAAAACGCAAAACUACAAGUCAUUUUUGUUUUCAUCAUUGUGUCAAUGUUUGUGAGCAUUGCAUCGUUAACAAUCAUACCACAUGUACAGUUAAAUCAUAUACUACUUGGCUGAAAGAAGCCAGUGGUGGCACAUCAUCAUCAUCGGCUACAGCGGCUGCAUUGUGUGCGGUUUGUCAAAAGCAAUUUGUUUUAACCUCUAAAGAAUUUGAUAGUUCAACAGUUCAUUUCAAUGGGUCCAGAAGUAAUACAAAAACUCCUAUACGUCUCUUAUGCUAUCAUGUAGUACAUACACGUUGUUUAUCAUCUUAUGUUAAGAAGCAAUUAAAAGAAGGAAACAUUUUGAAGUGUCCAUCAUGUGAUCGACAAUUAUGGAUGCAACAACAAGAACAAUCACAAGUUUCUGAUGAUAACUCGGUAGUGGAUUCCAAUGAUUUAACACCUGUUGCAUCAUUGUUGUACAAACAUUUGUUAGAUAAUGGCAGUUGGUGGGGCCAAGCGUUAAUUACAAAUGGAAAUGUGAAUGAUAUUGAGAAAUAUUUACUUGAAGAUGAAGUUCAUGAACCUGGAGAAGAAUCUGAUGAAGAAAUUCAACAACUUGAAAAUAAUAAAUCUCAAAUAAAUAUUAUUUCAGAUAAUAAAUCUCCAACUACACUAGCUGAAAAAAUGCAUUUGGCUGAUAGUAACAUUGAUUAUUACAAUCAUUAUGAAUUAGCACACACAACACCAGAUGUAACAACUAUCAACUACCGUAAUAAUACAAAUCAAAUAUAUCAACCAAUCCAUCAUCGACACUUUAACAAUAACUAUGGUCAAGAUUCAGCUUUAACACUUCAUCAGCUGCAAUACCAACAACAACAACAACAACAACAACAACAACAAUUACAACAAAAACAAUGUUCAUCUGUUAAUAUGACAGCAAUUGCACAAAAUUCAGAUUUGAAUAAUAGACAUGUGAUAACGUCCAUUACUCCAUUGUUAAAUAAUGAAAAUAAUUUGAAUGAUGAACAACAAGAUCCUAGUGGCAAAUAUAGACCUAAAAAGUUCAAUAAUCAGUCUUGGUCUUUAAGUUACCAACGGCUAUUGCAAUAUUUUCGUGGUACAAACAACAAAGCAGAAGAUAAUAGUAUUACAAGAGUCGUCACAAUACUUCUUUUUUGUUUAUUAAUCAUUGUGGUUUUACUAAUAGCUAUUACUAGUUAUACACGUUCCAAUAAUGAACCAUUUGAUAAUAAUAGCAUAGAUUAUGCUGGAGACGAUAUUGAAAAAAUCAGUGGUGGUGCAGCAACAAAUUUAAAAAGUUUUAAUACCAACAACUUGUAACAAUUGUAACUUUGUCAAUUUUACUAAAAACAUUGAUUUAUUGUUUCAAGUUAAAUAUAUUAUUGUUAAAGUUGUGAACUAUUUUAAAAUUACUUAAUCAUGAUAUUUUAUUUUGAGAUUUUUACUUGGUUAUUUUAUUUAUUACAAAAAUAUUACAUUUAAAUUGUAUUAUAUAAUAUUUUUCAAUUAAACCUAGUGUUUAAAUGAACUAUUUAUUUUUAUAGCAUACAUAUUUUGUUUGUAAAUUUGAAAGUAAAAAAUGUAUUAUUUUCGCUUCGAUAAAUUCAUUUAUUUGACAUAUAAACACUUAUUACACUGGCAAUAAAUGUUAAUGU